AAAUUCGGCCGUGCCAGAGAGAGUGAUGAACCCAGAGGCGAGCGCGACUUACCGCGCGAUGCUCCUCCGCAGCCUCGAGACGCCGGACGGCGACUACAUCAACAGCCUGAACAUGGCCACGGGCAGCAUCAACUUUACGCACGAGGAGCGCGCGAUCCUCGAGACCAUGUGCUCGACGCCAACGUCGAGCGCGUCGACCAAGUCGGAGCCCGACGAGACACCACCGCCGCCCAAGCCCGUCAACAAGCAACAACUAGCAGUCCAGCGCCACCGGAAGCGCCGCCAAAAUGAAUUUGCCUACCUCAAGCAGGCGGUCGUCGACCUCCAAGCGCAGCUCGUGUCGCUAAACCAGAGCCGCGAGCUGCGGGAGCUGCUGGACCCGCCGUCGCGCUGGGAAAAACUCGCCAAGGAAGAGCGCAAGCGCGGACAAGAGUCGGUGGUCGAAAACAAGCAGCUCAAGGAGGCCAUUGAGGAGCAGGUCCAGUUUGCCGAGUGCCUCGUCAACAUUGUGCGCAAGAAGCCACGGCUGGCCCACCUCUCGACCGAGCAGCAGGACUUGUGGAAGCAGAUGAAGCUCGUGGCCGACCCGGCGAUCCGGUCGGUUGCGAUUCACGCGAUUCUGGACCGCGAAUUUGAAAAAAUCGACUCGGCGUUCAUCGAAGCCGGGCUCCUCGAGGACGACAUGCCACCCAAGCGCCGGCACGUGCCCCGCUUCGAGCACGGCAUGCUCGAGAUCGAGACGACGCUCUGCGCGCACUUUGAAGCGCCGUGCGACAUCGUCACCACCGGUGUCUGGGACGUCUUCCGCGGGCUCGUCGAGCUCAUCGGGGUCCAUGGCACGUACGCGCCGCUCACAGUCAUGGAGGACAACGUCGCGUACAUCGCAGCCGUGCGUCCGUAUGGUCUUGGCGUCAUUGAACGCCGCAUCCUGAUCAAGAAGUACUCGGAUGUGCCGGGUCGGGCCGUCUUUGUGACGCGGGGCAUCCACGAAGACGAGUGCUUUCCCGUCAGAGACGGUCACGCCGUCACGAACGAGGUGUCGUGGACAACGGUCGAGGUGUCCCCGACGUCACCGGGCGUCACAAUCGUCAAGCACUUCCAGAAGCUCAAGCCCGCGCUCUCCGAGUACAAGACGAUGGAGGAAGCAGUGCCGAUCUCCAAGUACAUCAUGGAGGCCUACUCGCGCAAUUCGAUCGGAACAGGCCAAACGAUCCGCGAGUACAUUGCGAAACUCCAAGCCGCCGCCAUGACCCCGUCUCUGGUUUCCUUGUAAGAUGCGGUAAAAGGACGCUUAAUUUAUUCCAUUUGCAUCCUACACGAAC